UUCAAAUAUUUUCGAAUCAGACGGACGACGGGAGGAGAGAGGGAGACACGCCGGAGAUUUCCUGUCAUAUUUCACGUGUUUUCUUUCUUUCUAAAUCACUCCACGCUGCUCUAAGGGAUGACUACUUACACCGAAGACUACAUACGGGAUAAACUGACCAAGGAACUCGAUGCCAAACAUGUGGAGGAGUGGGAGUGUUGAUGAGGCUGUCAGUUUUCACAUCAGCUAAGGACGCAGCGCUGGACUAUCUGCUCACUGCCGAGGAAGGACUGUCUGUGAUUGACAACUGCUGAACAAGAACACACAAUACAUUGAGUUGCAUUUCUCGCCUGUGGGCUUGGAAGCUACACCAGUGAAAUGGCCAAUGUUAUUUUAAUUACCCUUCUUGGGAUACUGCUGAGAUGGUGUGUGUCGCUGCAUCCAUACUCUGGGGCAGGAAAAGCCCCAAUGUUUGGAGAUUAUGAGGCUCAGCGCCAUUGGCAGGAAGUGACGGUGAAUUUGCCCCUGAAGGAUUGGUAUAUGAAUACCACCGAUAAUGAUUUGCUCUACUGGGGCCUGGAUUACCCUCCGCUUACUGCUUACCAUAGCUAUCUGUGUGGCAUUGUAGCCAAGACAUUGAAUCCCGAGUUUGUCGAACUCCAUACAUCUCGUGGAUAUGAAAGUUACGAACACAAAUUGUUUAUGAGAUACACAGUCUUUGUUGUAGAUCUCCUGAUAUACAUGCCAGCAGCUUAUCUCUUUCUGUGUGCUGCAUCUCGGCCAAGGAGUAGAAGUGGGAAGUUAGAGUAUAUGGCUCUGAUUCUUUAUCCUGGUUUGUACUUGAUAGAUUAUGGUCAUUUUCAGUAUAACAAUGCUUCAUUAGGAAUAUUUGUGGGUGCCGUUGCAGCUCUCAUGAAGGGAUAUGACUGUAUUGGGUCAGUUUUGUUUUCUCUAGCUUUGAACUACAAGCAAAUGGAGUUGUAUCAUGCACUUCCAAUUUUUUUCUACCUGUUGGGUCUGUGCUUCAAACAAGGAGGAAUUUUAGGAUUUUUCUUUAAGAUCACCAAGAUUGGCUUGUGUGUGAUAUUAACCUUUGCUCUAGUUUGGGCUCCCUUUCUCAAGGAUCCGGAAAUAUUUUUGCAAGUACUUAACCGACUUUUCCCUAUUAAUAGAGGUCUCUUUGAGGACAAGGUAGCCAGUGUUUGGUGCAGUUUAUCCAUUCUUAUUAAACUGAAAAAUCUUGUGAGCAAUACCAACAUGGCUUUGAUAUGUUUGCUGUCCACUGUAGUGUGUAUGAUUCCAUCAAGUUUGCACAUCUUCAUUAAUCCCACUCAGAAGAAUCUUCAUUAUGGACUUGUUAAUGCAUCUCUUGUGUUUUUCCUCCUAAGCUACCAUGUUCAUGAAAAGAGCAUCUUGUUGGCAGCAGUACCUGCUUGCUUUUUAUAUGGAGAUGAAACCUUUAUGGUUACCUGGUUCUUCAUUGUGUCCGUUAUCAGCAUGUUACCCCUUCUGGUGAAGGAUGGGCUGACAAUACCAACCCUUGCAUUAACUGUCCUUGUUUAUGUUAUGUACUCAAUCAACAGACAGUCAGAGGGACAGUCGAGGACCAGAUAUAGUGAGUUUUGGCGCUGGAUCAACAGGUCCUUUUACCUCUCGUUGGUUGGAUUCUCAUUUUUGACGGUAGUGUCCUUGACAGUGGCACCGCCUCCAAGGUUACCUGAUCUCUUCCCAGUUUUGCUUUCUAUUGUAUCUUGUGUUCAUUACUGCUUCUUCACUUGCUAUUUUCACUACCGCCAGUUCACAACUCGGUAUGGUAGACAUUAA